CUGCCCUCCAAGAGAUGGCACGACGUCCUUCUCCCACCCGAACCUCAACUCAGGCAGUUUCACCUGGACCAUCCUCCGAUAAGGAAAACCAUCCAACAUCAGCCGGUAACAGCAAGCGUGUUCAAAUCCAAGCCAUGCCCAGCAGCGCCUCGAGGAAGCGGCAACGACUGUCCACGCGGGGCACCAACUCACAAGGAAGCCAGUCUCAAGGAUCGCGAUCACAGCCCGCCCGCGAUAAGGACUAUUAUGACCCGGAUCAAGAUGAAGCCGAACGACGGAGAAUCCGAAAGGGACUGAGAGACCUGACGCGGGACCUCAACGACUCCCGCAGUGAGUUUAUGCAGGCUGGAAACAGUGGUAUUAAGUCUACGAUAGAAAAGGCCAACGAGUUGUUUCAGGGCGUCAAGCAAACCUCGGAUGCAACCAUCGACUCUCGGCUAUUGGUCAGCGCGGCGGACCUAGGGUACAAGAAGACCGCACAAUUAGUUCUGGGCGACGCCAGUGCAGGCAUUGACGUCGACGAAUUUGUCUCCAAGUGUAUCACUUUCAUGCGCCAGGCCCCCGCAGACUCUCAAAGCACAGUUCCCAGCAGCACACAACGUCGCCGCGCUGCCCGCCCAGCAGAUGAUGACGGUGAAGAUAAUGGAGAUGCCUUGAACUGGGACUGGCUGGGACGGGCUGCGUCCUUCUGCAGCAAUGCCCGGCCCUCGGUCCCUGGAUUCCUUCUGGGCCCGCUCUCGGUGCAGAAACGAACCCGUCAGCAGGCCGUUCGGAGGGUCAGGGAACGGAUCGACCCCAGUCGGGCGGUCGCACCGCAGGAUCUCCAAGACAAAGACCUUGACAGGCAAGAAACGUCUAAUCUGACCACCAUGUGUGGCAGCAUCAACGGUUUACUGGCGAAGACACAAAACCAUGGCCAAGACACCGUCGAAAGACAGCUGUCGGCGCUCCAAGCAGAGCCUUCCGACGAGCAGCUGCAGAAAGUGAUGGCGGAGAACAAUGUAGCUGAUGAUGGUGGCGUCCCGCUGUUCCGCUUCUGCAUCAACCCGAGGUCCUUUGGACAGAGCGUGGAGAACCUGUUUUACGUGAGUUUCCUGGUUCGUGAUGGGUUGAUUGGUAUCUCGGUGGACAGUAGAGGAUUGCCGACGUUACACGCUGCGAAGCCUCACGCGCCCAGCGAGGCUCUGAAGAAGGGAGUCCAGAAGCACCAGGCUAUCUUCACCCUGGACUUUGAGACCUGGCAGGAUCUGAUCGAGGCCUAUGGGAUCAAUGAAUGUAUCAUUCCUCAUCGCGCGGAAGAAGCCCAGCCAACGGCGCAGACCUGGCGAUGAUCAUGGGUUCAACGCGUAGGGCUGGCUGGCCUGUGAUGACUUUUUCUUAGCUAUGUAGCAGGCGUAUGGUUGCGUUUCUUGUAGGUGAGGAUACCCAUUUGUUGACAAGGAAAUUUGGCCGCGAUUUCGAUGUCAUGUUUUGUACAUUCUCGGGGGUGUCAUUCGAUGUAGAUAUUUACUAUCGGCAUCU